AUGGGCGAUGAAUUCUUUGCAGGAAAGGCAGGUCCAGCGGUGACCUCUGCAGCUGCUGCCGCUGCCGCGAAUGCAGCCAGAAGUACAAACAUGAUACCAGGGCCACCACAAGCCCUGAACUUGAGCGAUGUCCACUCUCCCAUGAAGGUCCCUGUCCCCGAUGCCAAGAGAAAGGGUGGUGGGCGCGGGGGCAGGACUCCUCAGAGGAAGGCAGCCCCACAUGCACCACCCACACAAGACUACGACCCCGCGGCCCUGGCAGCGUUCGGUUCGUACCCGCCUUACGGCAUGGCCCCAACUCCAUAUCCGCCGGCUGCGGCAGGGCCUUGCCCCAUGCCCCCACCACCCAUGCCAAUGUACCCCAUGAUGCCCUUCAUGUACCCAACUAUGUACCCAGGCAUGGCUGGUGCACAGCCGCCUCCGCCCACGGGCGACUCUCAGAAGGGUCGAGGCAAGCAAGGCAAGCAGAAGGACACAAAGGACAAGAAGCGGCGUGGAAAAGGCAACAAGGGCGGCCGCCAAGAGCCUAGCCCUCCACAAAUGGAGGGCUCGGACUUAAACUGCAGUCCGGAACUCUUGAUGGUCAGAAAUGCCCAGGGAAAUUCUGCUAAGACCAAGCUUACAUUGCAGGAGGCACUGCCAAACCUGCUCGAGUUUGCACAAGACCAGCAUGGGAGCCGCUUUCUGCAGAACAAACUUGACGAAGCCAGUCCAGAAGAUAGACAGUUGGUGUUCACCGGAAUAUGUGCAGAAGACGCUGAUCCGGAUGCUGUAUCACUGGCCAAAGAUGUCAGUGGCAACUUCGUGGUGCAGAAGCUCUUUGAUGUAGGCGAUCCAGACCAGAAGAAGCAGCUUUGCGAGAAACUGCAGCCUGAAAUUCCAAGUCUAUCAAAAGAUAAUUACGGCUGCCGAGUGGUGCAGAAGGCGAUCGGGGCCGUGUCCAAGGACUUGCAGGUGUUCUUGGCUUCGUCACUGCAAAACAAUGUUGCAGACUGCAUCGUCAACAUGCAUGGAAACCAUGUGAUUCAAAAGUGCAUUGAACAGAUGCCACCUGAUUCCGUCAGCUUCAUCAUCCACGCCGUGGAGCACGACAUCACGAGCCUGGCGUCACAUAUAUACGGCUGCCGAGUUAUCCAGCGUCUCCUAGAGCAUUGUGGAGCAGCCCAGCUCACGGAGAUGCUCGAGCGAAUCCUCGUCAACGCUCAGGCCCUGGCAAAGAACCAGUUUGGCAACUAUGUGGUGCAGCACAUGCUGGAGCAUGGGCGACUUCAGGACAAAGAGGCCAUCAUUGACAUCGUAAAGCGGAAUAUCCUGCAGUUUUCCAUGGACAAGCAUUCGAGCAAUGUUGUGGAGAAAUGCUUUGAGAUCGCUACUAUUGGAGAGCAUGCCUCCCAGCUGGAAGCGGAGAGGGCCCAGCUCAUUGAUGCAGUGCUUGGUGUCGGAGACACAACCAGCCCCCUGUGCGAAAUGAUGACGCAUCGGUACGGAAACUACGUGGUGCAGCGAAUGAUGGAACACAGCCGCGGAACGGAGAGAGAGCGCAUCUUCAGAACCUUGAAUGCGCUUCCUAUGGAUUAUCGGUCCAAUCAGCAUGGAAUGCACAUCAUGAACGCACUGCAGAAGGGAUUCAGGGAGUUCACGCCGGAUCAAGCCAGUGGCAGCUAA